CAUUGAAGAGAGAGAGAGAGAGAGAGAGAGAGAGAGAGAGAGAGAGAGAGAGAGAGAGAGCACUGAAAAUGAUGCUAACAGGGAGAGAAAAGGAAGGAGAGAAAAAGAAGAAAGACACGUUGAAAGGGGUGAGAUGUACAACGGUAGAAGAAAGAUCUGAGGAUGUUUGAGAACUCGAUGCACUGAGUAACAGCAGACAGGCUGACAAAGUGACAGAAAUGACAGGGAUGCACACAUCUGAAGGAGUGUGUUGAUUACAGCCAACUGGCAUGAUUACAGAAUCUAAAAGGAAAAAAAAACAACUGACACACUGACAACGGAAAUGAUAUUGAAACUGAAAUGCUGAACCUGCUCCAGACAGAAAAGCGACUGACGUACGUGGAUGUUCAGAGAUGAUACGAGGGUAGAAAGGUCACUGAGAGUUGAAGCGUCCCUGCUUGGAAAAGAUGCAGCUUCACCUGGUUGGACACUGACGGGCAUGAGGACAGCUUCACCAGACACAGAUUUGACUUGUCCCAGAGUUAGUCUACUGGUUUGACUGGUUAGUCUCUCCUUUUUUUCUAGAGUUUCUGCGCCAACUCUCAUCACCCUCACCAUCAUCACCUACGUGCCUCAUCAUCAUCAACAUCAUCAUCAUCAUCAUCAUCAUCAUCACUAUUAUGAUGGCCUUCAACAGCACUGAGUCCUGGCUUUUAAUCAAUACUUCAUUUCCCAUCCUGCCUGUAAUAGGCAGUCCAAGUAACAGAAGUGGGAUUGAAGCAUAUCUUCAAAGACUGGCUCAUUUAGACGAGGGGCUCUACAAUGACUUUUACGGUCUUUGGAUUGCACUGAUGGUCAUAAACUCUCUCAUAUUCUUGGUGGGCAUGGUGCUCAACACAGUUGCACUUUAUGUUUUCUGUUUCCGCACCAAGCAAAAGACCACCUCUGUGAUCUAUACUAUCAACUUGGCGGUGACAGACCUCUUGGUGAAUCUCUCUCUGCCGACUCGCAUCUUGCUCUAUUACAGUGGAGGAGCUUGUCUCACCUGCUCCUACCUGCACAUCUUCAGCUACUUUGUCAACAUGUACUGCAGCAUCUUGUUUCUGACCUGCAUAUGUGUCGACCGAUACCUCGCCAUCGUGCAGGUUGAAGCUUCCCGUCGUUGGAGGAACUCCAGUGUGGCCAAAUGUGUGUGUGUCUCUGUCUGGCUGUGUGCCAUCGUGGUCACCUACUCCUUCCUUUCUACUGCUUUCCAGCACCCAGGAUGCUGCCUCUCCAAGCUCCUCUUUCUUACCAUCACCGAGUUCUUUCUACCCCUCAUCAUCAUUAUGGUCUUCACUUUGCGGAUUAUGUGGGCACUCGCUGACCGCCGCCUGAUGCAGCAGAGCAGGGAGAGGAGAAGGAGGGCUGUCCAGCUCCUGACCACAGUGCUGAUCAUCUUCACUGUCUGCUUCACACCCUUCCACAUCAGACAGGUGGUGGUGUACUUCCACCCUGACAUGCCUCAUCAUGUGAUAGCCUACCACUUGACUGUCACUCUCAGCAGUUUGAAUAGCUGUAUGGAUCCUGUCGUCUACUGCUUUGUUACGAAUAAUUUCCAGGCCACCAUGAGGAAUAUUUUUCGCCGCGCAGAGCCCGAGCAGACAAGCGGCGACAUCAUCAGCAUGCAGCACAGCUCCAAGGCCUCAGGGCGGACAGUGAACGCCAUCACUGGUAAUAUGAUUAUGAUGACCAAGAUCCCCACUUCACUGCAGAGAGACAAUCUGGGGAAGAACCACUCAAUGUAAAUCCCCUUUCCCAUGGGGUAAAGAGAAACUUUGAGUUACUGAGAUGUUACAUCGCCUGGAGAAAGGUGUCUGAUAUUUCUGGACUCUGUAACAUGCUGAUCAGUGAUAACAGCAUCAGUGUAUGAUGGCACUGCUCAGGAUGAACAGCCAAUGCUGUCAUUAAUAAUAAUAAUAAUAAUAAUAAUAAUAAUAAUAAUAAUAAGGACCAACCAAUUUAGCUGAUUUAGCAAACUAAAAACGUUUAUUAACUACUUGAACUAAUUCCAACAUUGACAAGAGACAAAUGUAGUCUGCAACUAAACAUUAUCAUCACACAAGAAACCAUCCCACAGCUUUGGACCUGUGACUUUUCAACUGUGAGACAAUCUCCCUCUCUGCUAGACCAUGUUGCAGCCAAAUUCAAACAAUACAAGAGAACACAAAGCUGACUUAACAUGUAUUAUUACUUGAAUCAUACAAUUGACAAAAUACCAAAUCUUAUUUAAAAAACAAACACAUUUGACGUAUUCUACAUCCACAUCCACAUUUUAAUCUUAUAUGUUUUUACAUUAAAAGUGACCAAUUGCACUGCCCUAAGUCAAAUUAUUUUUGAAAACUGAAAAAGUUUCCAUUUUUGGUAACAGAGAUAGUCUAGAUGGGACUGCAAAAGGAACAAUGAUAGCUGUGACAUCUGUUAUGCAGAAAUCUGAGAACUGGCCAGGUAAUAAGUGCUGGUAUUACAAAAGAAGAUAUUGAUGACCACCCUGAUACCUGCCUGGGACCAUUACACCCUUUUCUUUAAAGUGUGGAACAUAUACUGUCAAACAGACUUGAACUAAUUCCUUACUAUUCUGUCUGGUUAAGUGUGAACAGGAGGGGAUUUAACCAAUUGGAACACAAUGUGAAAUAGACCACACCUGUAUCUGAUUACAUGGAAGGAUAGUGAUAUGUUUUUUGCCCAUUACAUGGUGACCACUUCAGAAGAUCCACUGCAAGAAAAUAUUUGGGAAUGAGAACCACUUUUGUGCAGCAGAGGGCAACAUUGCAAUACCUUUCAAAGACCAUUACAGUAAGACACCAAAGAAAAUGUUAUCACUUCAAUGGAAACUGCUUGGAUGACUGAAAGCAGACACAAUGUGAAUGUUUGGGCUGUAGGCUAAAUAAUAUUGUUUUUUUUAUUAUUGUUUGAUAUUAUGUACUGUUAAGUAAACAAUUUGAUCAACAAUCAUAAGAACCUCUCUAUGUAGGAACAAAUGACAUAUUACGUAAACUGAAGAAACUGUAGGGGGAAUAAAGGUGUGUUCAAGUGAGUCAAA